AUGAUCUGUAACCCCCAUUCGCAAUUACAAGACAAACUUGAACUUUUCAGAGAAACUGAGAAUGUGAUUUCUUGGACUUCAGGUAUAUCAAGAUUAGUCGGGAAUGGAAAGUCAGAUGAAGCUAUUAUUUUGUUCAAAACCAUGUUGUUGAAUGAUCAUAGGCCAAAUUACGUAACAGCUUUGAGUGUAAUUCGUGCUUCUGUGAAUCUGGGUUUUGAGAAUUCCAUAUGUGUAAUUCAUGGGUUGUUGAUUAAAAUGGGUUUCGAAUAUGAAAUCUCAGUUGUUACAGCACUUUUGAGUGCUUACUCUGAUUGGAAUAUGGAAAGUGUCUGGAAGCUGUUUGAUAAAAUGCCUAGUAGAGAUUUGUUUUUGUGGAAUACAAUGAUUUCGUUAUGUGCUAAGAAAAACAAUUACUUUGAUUCUAUUUCGAUUUUUCGAGAGAUGAUAUAUGAUUGCUUUGAACCGAAUCAUGUCAGCAUUGUCUGUAUUUUACCUGUUUGUGCUGAUCUUGCCAUGUUGCCUUUUGGCAAACAGAUUCAUACAUUUUCUCUGAAGAAUGAUUAUUGUUCUAUGACUAAUAUCCAGAAUUCACUUCUCCAUAUGUAUUCAAAAUGUGGGGACUUCAAUUCGUUAAUACGUGUUUUUCGACAAACCGAUAAGGAUAUGAUCUCGUGGAGAAUUAUGAUUCAUGGAUGUACAGAGAAUCAUCGCCCAAGAAUAGCUAUCGACUUAUUCUCUGAAAUGCUGCAUUCCUUCUUAAAACCGGAUGAAAUUAUUCUUUUGGACACAAUCGGGGCAUCUACACAAAUGGAAGCGGUGCAUUUCGGAAAGGGAUUACACGGCUAUGUUCUGAAACGGGGAUUCUUGAGUUUCAGUUCGGUUACAACUGAACUUCUCCAAAUGUAUACUGAGUUUGGUUCAGUUGAUUCGGCUAGAUUGUUAUUCGAUCAGCUGAAUCGGAAAGACCUUAUAGCCUGGAGUGCGAUGAUCUCUUCAUUUGCACGAACAGGACAUUCGUUUCACGCAAUUAAUACGUUCAAAGCGAUGAAAUUCACGAAUGAGAAACCGAACGAGGUAACUUUGGUCAAUCUCUUACAAGCCUGUUCAAGUAUGGAAGUUGAUGAGAUUAUGGAGAGCAUUCAUGCUCAUAUAGUUAAAGUUGGUUUUUCAUCAAAUGAAUUUCUAACAGCAGCUCUUAUUGACUGUUACUGUAAAUUUGGAAGAAUUAAGCAGGGAAAAUGUGUUUUCGAUGAAAUUAAUGUGAAAGAUCUCGUUUGUUGGAGCUCGAUGAUUAAUGGAUACGGAAUGAAUGGAUAUGGAGACGAGACGAUAGAGGUUUUCGUUAAAAUGUUGGAUUGUGGAAUAAAACCUAACGAGAUAGUUUUUAUCUCGGUUUUGUCUGCUUGCAGCCAUUGUGGGCUUGAGAAUGAAGGGUGGAAAUGGUUUUAUUCGAUGAAAGAAAUUUACGAUAUUUCUCCAAAACUUAGCCAUUAUGCUUGUAUGGUGGAUUUGCUUAGCCGUCGUGGCAAAGUGAAACAGGCUCUUGAAUUUGUCAAAAAUAUGCCUAUUAAGCCUGAUAAAAGGAUAUGGGGUGCUCUUCUUGCUGGUUGUAGAUCAAUUCAUGUGUCUAUUGAUAUUGCUGAACUUGUUGUUGAUGAGUUAACUCGCCUUGAUCCGGAAAACACUGGCGCUUAUGUUGUCUUGUCGAACUUGUAUGCUGAGAAAGGCAGAUGGGAUGAUGUCGAGAGGUUGCGAAAAUCGAUAGACGAAAGAAAAUUGACAAAGGAAUUGGGUUAUAGCUUGAUUGAAAUCUAA